AUGAAUCUGUCCGACGGCUCCUCCUUCCAAGAGGAGCUGCUGCUGGGUAACUUCACCCUGGCGUCCUCCUACUACCUCCAGAACUACACCCUGGCCCCGCUGCACCCAGACAAGACCAGCGCCUCCAAACCGGCAGCAUGCGAGCAGGUCCACAUCGCUGUGGAGGUCUUCCUCAUCCUGGGUAUCAUCUCCCUGCUGGAGAACAUCCUGGUCAUCACAGCCAUCGUGAAGAACAAGAACCUCCACUCCCCCAUGUACUUCUUCGUCUGCAGUCUGGCAGUAGCGGACAUGCUGGUGAGUGUGUCCAACGCCUGGGAGACCAUCAUCAUUUACCUCCUCAACAACAGGCAGCUGGUGGUGGAGGAUCACUUCCUCCGGCAGAUGGACAAUGUGUUUGACUCCAUGAUCUGCAUCUCGGUCGUGGCGUCGAUGUGUAGCCUGCUGGCCAUCGCUGUGGACAGGUACGUCACUAUCUUCUACGCACUGAGGUACCACAACAUCAUGACGGUGAGGAGAGCCGGAUGCAUCAUCGGGGGGAUCUGGACCUUCUGUACGGGUUGCGGGAUCGUCUUCAUCGUCUACUCGGACACCACCCCCGUCAUCAUCUGCCUGGUCUCCAUGUUCUUCGCCAUGCUGCUCAUCAUGGCCUCCCUCUACAGCCACAUGUUCAUGCUGGCGCGUUCCCACGUCAAGCGUAUCGCCGCCCUGCCCGGCUACAACUCCAUCCACCAGCGGGCCAGCAUGAAGGGCGCCAUCACGCUCACCAUCUUGCUGGGGAUCUUCAUCGUCUGCUGGGCUCCCUUCUUCCUCCACCUGAUUCUGAUGAUCUCGUGCCCGCGGAACCUCUACUGCGUGUGCUUCAUGUCCCACUUCAACAUGUACCUCAUCCUCAUCAUGUGCAACUCGGUGAUCGACCCGCUGAUCUACGCCUUCAGGAGUCAGGAGAUGAGGAAGACUUUCAAGGAGAUCAUCUGUUGUUACAGCCUGAGAAACGCCUGCACCAACAUCUGGGCGAUGACGGGUAAGUACUGAGGGACGCAGGCUCGGCAGCCCAGUGACAGCAUUUGUGGGAUGAACCAUGAGAGACUCCGAGAACGGUUUCAUUGCACUUUUCAGCCACGACCGCGUACGGUCCAGCACUUCUAUCCAUUAUGAACUGGAAAAGAGACUCUCGCUGUUUGUAGGGAGGUUACGCAACGACCCCCUGAUGUUGACGCCGUGUGCACGAAGCGGCUUGGUAUUCGUAUUAAUUGUUCUGCUUUGACAUAUCUUUUUUUUUAUCAACACUUAUUGACAGGUGAUUGACCUGAUGAAUUAGUUGGAUAGUUGAUGAGCAUCUUUAUGACAUCUCUCAUCACUCGGAUGUUUUCAUCGUAUUUGGGCCGCUUUGAUGUUCCUCCUGAUAUGUGAUGUUUCUCAUCUCGCCGAUGGUUUGUAAAAAGUAUGUAAAGAUGUCAUAAGUUUACACUUGAAAUGUAAAACCUGGUGUACACACUGCUUCACAGUGCUGUGUGUGUGUGUGUGUGUGUGUGUGUGUGUGUGUCUGUUUUGCAUCAUCUCUUACUGGUAGAUCGUAAACAUUUGUUUCCCAGUGUUACAUUGUCAUAUUUAUUACACAGAAAAGAGCAUAAUUGUGUAUUUAGACAGCGAGACAAGAAACAUUCAGACAAAACAUGAAGAAAACAGUUAAAGGAUGUUUUGUGUUUGUUUAAUCGCCUGAACGAACACGCUGAUUGUAUCAAGAACAGAUCAAAACAUAUGGGAAAGUGUUUUUUUUAAAUACAAUGCUAUUCUUUUCCCUUACAGGUUUAUUUAUUGGUAAAAACAACAACUGUGAUUGUCAUGUGAAACUUGACGGGGGGGGGGUGAAGGGGGGGAGGUGAAGCCCACACGGUGAUUGCAUGCUCAGCCCGAUGUUCAUGCACUCAGUCGCCAUAUUAACUGUCGUGUUGACAUAUCUUGGUAAAGUCGUGGCAUGUAAAAAAUAAUGUGAGCUUCACGUUGCUUCUACUUUUUUUUCUACCAUAAAAGCAAAAAAGAUGAAGUGGUGAGAUGUUUGUUGUUGUUGUUUAAGGAGGAGCAGCUGGAGGAGUCACAGCGUCAAUAAAUGAGACUAAACAGGU